AUGGCAGAAAGCAGUGUAGGGUUUCCCCUAUUGAAAGUACAUACGAUUUCCGCCAGGAAACCUCUCGCUAAUGAAGAUGUUAAUAUACCUUCAGAAAGAAGUGGGCAUCGUAUUGUUGCUACAGACAACUGUAUCUAUGCUAUUGGGGGAUAUAAUCCCGAUUACACAGAACUUUUUGAUGAGGUCUGGUGUUUCAAUGUAGCCACACGGACAUGGACAAAGCUAAACACCAAAGGAAGCCAACCAAAGCAAGUUGCUUCACAUUCAAUGUGUCUCUAUGGUGACAACAUUGUUACAUUUGGUGGCUCUGGCUUACCAUUUGGUCUGAAUAGCAGCAAUGAUGUCCAUCUACUGAAUCUCAAAGAUGGUCAGUGGCAGCGGAUCCAUUGUGAGGCUCUUGAUAACAAUGCAAAUAACCUCCCAUCAAAAAGAUAUGGACAUACAAUGCAUAUCAUCAACCACCACUUGUACAUAUGUGGAGGGACCCAAGGAAUUGACUACAUGUUAGAUCUGUAUCGAUUGGAUCUUAAAACUAAAUCCUGGGAACACAUAGCAUGUAGAAAUCCCCCUGAAGAAAGAUACCGACAUGAAACUGUCUGUGAUGGUAAAAAAAUGUAUAUGUUUGGUGGAGGAGCUGCUAAUUCCGUCUUUGAUCUCAUCAAGAUACCUGUGUUAGAUUUGAAGACUUUCUGCUGGUCAUAUAUCCAAAGUGUUCAUGAUGACGCAAAAGGUUAUCCACUUUCCAGAAAAUAUCAUGGCUGUAUACAUUAUAAAGACGAUGUGUAUAUUUCUGGUGGUAUGCAUCCAACAGCUAUUUUGAAAGAUAUUUGGAAAUUCUCUUUAAAAACACACAAAUGGACGUACCUAGGAGAUAUGCCUGAAAAACUUUACUUUCAUGGAUCGGCUGUCUCUCCAGGAGGCAGCAUGUAUUUGUUUGGUGGGGUUAAAGAAGACGACAAUAGAACAAACAUUUUGUUUCAGAUGAGGCUUGAAUUUUUUUUUCUCUCUCUCUCCCCUUUUAUUGACAGAAUUUAG